GCCACCUCCGCAGGCAGAUAUCUAAUGAUUACACUGACCUUGAGAUUCCUUUCUAUGUGCUCUCUCGGCUGUUACUACCACGAGCACUACUCGUUAUAUACCUAAGACCGUUUCCACUGUGGCAUCGAAAAAAUAAAAAGGGUUUAUUCUCGACUCCUUCCUCGGGCUUCCUGGUUUGUAAGAGUGUCGUCCUGGUGCCGUCUAGAACACGGUGUUCCUUUCUGACAACUGUGAAGCGCAGGACCGAAUUUCCUGUUCUUUCAAAUGGCUCUGUUUAAUCGCAAAAACAAUUAUGGAGGGUCUGGAGAGGCGCCUCCUAUGAACAAUUAUGGAAGACCGCCUUCUACGGCAAGGAGGCUAGUACGUGAUGGCCAAGAUCAAGGCCAAGGGGCCUGGAACUUGAGAGCUACGAAGAACAAACCCUUGCAAUUUGAAAAUCGGGUCCUUGUCACGUCACUGGACUUUCCUCCAUCGAACCUCGGUAACGAGUUCUACCUGCUUGUCAAAGAUCGCUACGUCUUCACCGCACAAAUUCAGGAAUCAAUCCGCAAUAUACACCCUGAGGAUAAAGUCUCACAGGGGCAAAUCGGCUUCGGCGAGCUGCAGAGGACCUGGGCUGGAAUUGGCUUGACGGAUUCAGUGAAGGUACAGAUUUACAAACCUUUUAACCAAGAGAGGGGGGUAUACCUUGGUGCUAUCAACAUAGAAAUUGGGUUUUAUAAAGGAAGAAGGACGGAAGAUCAAUAUGACCAGGAUGACCUGGCAAACGUCAUCAAACAGGAAUUCCAAAACCAAAUCUUCGCGCCUGGCCAAAAGCUGUUAAUGUCACAUCAAAAGAUUCCUCUUGCCUUGACUAUAAAGACUGUCGAGUUGAUCGAUUUGAUAUCUGAGAAACAGACAGAUGCGGCGGAAGGUGUUGGCGUUACAUCUGACGCUUCGGCACGGGGUAUUCUCACCCCUCAUACCGUGAUAAACUUUUAUUCGGAUGGGAAGGGGAUAAGACUAAAACCUUCAGACAGCAAGCCUCCUGUAAAUGCAAUCAUUCGGCCGGAUUUCCAGUUCGAAACCCUGGGCAUCGGUGGUUUAGAUUCAGAGUUCAGCACCAUUUUCCGUCGAGCUUUUGCAUCGCGAGUAUUUCCCCGUGGUUUGAUUAACAAGCUGGGCAUUCAGCAUGUCAAGGGUAUUCUUUUGUAUGGUCCACCUGGUACUGGUAAAACGUUGAUUGCAAGACAAAUUGGCCAGAUGUUGAAUGCCAGGGAGCCGAAAAUCAUCAACGGCCCUGAAGUUCUUAACAAGUAUGUCGGUCAAUCUGAAGAGAACAUUCGAAAAUUGUUCGCCGAUGCAGAGAAAGAAUAUAAACAGAGAGGUGACGAAAGCGAGCUCCAUAUCAUUAUUUUUGAUGAGCUUGAUGCUGUGUGUAAACAGCGUGGCAGUGGAGCUGGAGGUGGUACCGGUGUUGGUGACAGUGUCGUCAAUCAGUUGCUGUCUAAACUGGACGGUGUGGAUCAGCUCAAUAACAUUCUUCUAAUCGGUAUGACAAACAGGAAGGACAUGAUCGAUGAUGCAUUAUUGCGUCCAGGUCGUCUGGAAGUUCAUAUGGAGAUCUCUUUGCCCGACGAAAAGGGACGAGCUCAAAUUUUGAAGAUCCAUACUCAAAAAAUGACGGAAAACCAUGCGAUAGAACCCGAUGUCGAUCUCCAGGAGCUUGCACAUUUGACGAAGAAUUACUCCGGCGCUGAAAUUUUUGGACUUGUCAAGGCUGCGACAUCUUUUGCCUUUAACAGGCAUGUCGAGCCGGGUACACUUGCUACUGUUAAGAAAGACGUUGUUGAUCUGAAAGUCAGACGCGACGACUUCCUCAAUGCUCUUGAGGAAGUCAAACCAGCAUUUGGUGUUUCUGAGGAAGAACUUGAGAAUUGCGUGCAGCAGGGUAUCAUAGACUAUUCUACGAGGAUCAAAGACAUCCUCGAGGAAGGCCGUCUCUUCGUCAACCAGGUUGGAGCUGCUGAUGCUACUCCCUUAUUUUCUGUCUUGUUCCACGGUCCUUCGGCCAGCGGUAAGACAGCGCUUGCGGCAAGAAUAGCCAUAGAUUCAGGCUUCCCCUUCAUUCGACUCAUUAGCCCUGAAGAUAUGGUCGGUUUUAAUGAGCCGGCAAAAAUCCAGCAUAUCACCAAGGUCUUCACAGAUGCAUACAAGAGUCGUACAAGUAUUGUUGUGGUUGAUAAUAUUGAAAGAAUAAUUGAUUGGGUUCCGAUCGGUUCUCGGUUCAGCAAUUCUGUUCUUCAAACCUUAAUGGUCUUUUUGACAAAGCAUCCCGCAAAUAGAAGGCGGCUGUUGAUCCUUGCUACAACUACGGAACGUUCUCUUUUGCGAGAACUGGACAUGUACAACUCGUUCAACGCCGACAUCAGGGUCCCAACCGUUGACACACGUAAGGAGCUGCAGUAUAUCCUUGAAUAUUCAGAAGCGUUUGAAUCCAAGGAGAUUGAAGAAAUUCUGGAAGGGAUCUAUGGCCUUGACAAAGACAAGAAGAUUGGUGUUGGAAUCAAGAGGAUUCUACUGGGCAUUGAGACAGCCAAACAGGACAAGGAGAAAACAACACGUUUUAUUAAUGUCGUCAACCGCAUAAUGGACCAGGAAAGAAGCGUGAGCUUCAGAGGGUAAACCUGCGACAUUUUUUUUUUUUUUAGGUACAUACCAUAACGACAACCUGAUGAGAUGGUUUGUUUGGGAAGCCUGCGUGACCUUAGGCUUGCAAGAAUUAGGUAAAUAGAGGCUGUAUUAAGCAGCGGAUAUGAAAGACUUCAUAGAUUACUCGAAAUGCAGCUGUUGAGUUUCAC